AAGCAAAGGCAAGAAAAGCAAAGGAAGCAUGAGAAGCAUGAGAAGCAUGAGCUCAGAACCCAAAAAGAAAGGAAAGAUCUCGCACACACAAACGGCCUAGUCAGGAAGGAUGGAAGGAAGGACAUGGAAGGAAGGAUAUCUAUGCAUAAUAUGUAUCAGCCUCUUUGGGCGGAUUGCUUUUCCUGGCGCUAUUGCGGCAUAGAUAGGUGGAUGGAAUCUGGAUAUGUACAUGGCGACAAAGCUGCCAGCGGCAGCGGCACUAGUUAGCAGUUCCCGCGGCGGGCGGCAGUUCAGCGCUGCACACUUUGGCAAACACAUCUUCAGCCAUAAAAGUAGAGUACUGGGCACCAAUCGCAUAGAGUGUACGUUUGACGCUAAUCAGGCAAUACAUACCGUAGCAUUUGCAUUUCCGGAGACGACUAUUGCGACGGCGAAGGCGGCGGCGGCGGCGGUGGGGCGCGGCGGAUGUGUGUGGGAUGUGUGUGUGACAAGAUUGGGUCGCAGAGGUGAUCUUGGUAACCUAUGUUAUGCAGUGAUAUCACUUAGGUAUAUCACUUGGUGGCGAAGGAUGAGCGCAGGUGGUGGUGGCCGUGGAUGCGGAUGCGGAUUCAUAAGCUGUCACUCCUCGCCAAGCGGUUGGAUGAUGGACUGGAUCGGGGUUGCCACCGAGCUGAUUCGCCAUUAUCUAAUGGUCGCCGGCAGUUACCGCUAUUGCCGCCGCCGAAUGGCCCCCUUUGUGUGUGCGCGCGCUGGGCAGCAGCCGCACUCACUUGCCAUUUUCUUUUCGUUCCUGUUCGUUGGGUAUCUACACAGAAUACGGUACUCUGGGUGGACUGGUCCGCUCGACGGACGCGCUAAUGCGAUCCCUCCCCGUCGGUUCUCACCUCACUUGAUCCCAUCCUUCUCGCGCAGCAGGAUGGAAGGGAAAGGAAAAGUGUUCCAGUCUGUGCGUCGGUGGUGCAGAAACUUCGAUUCGAGCGCGUGAGGGAGUGGGAGGGAG